CCUUCAUUAGAGACAACCGGUGGGAGUCACGGACAUCGUGAGUCUCCAUUGGACACACGUGUCAGAGGUGAAGAGAUGGCUGUCGGUCAGACGGGACUGAAACACUACAAACCUCUUCAAAGUUUGGAGAGAAGUACGGUAAGACGUUGUCAGAAGCGGAGACGGCGAUGUUUGAAGAGCAGGCAGAUGGCAAGUUGCAGGACCCACGGGGCCACCCUUACUUACGGGCACAGAUGGACGCCCUCCCCACCUACAGCCCUAUCGUCAUUCUCAUCAUCUGUAUCGCACAGAUGGCUGUCUUCGGUACUUUCUGUGCCUUAGGAGGAACUGCUGACAUCGCCCUGGAACACACCGUAGUGACAGCCAACAACAUCCACACCUUCCUGGGGAGAGAGAGCAUCCAGCGGGUUACGACACCCAACCUUUGGAUAGGGCCGACCAUGAGAUACUGGAUAAGUCAGGGUGCGACGUUCGCGCCGUGCAUGCGCGAUGAUUACGUCACCAACCUGUACCUGGCGCAGCAGCAGUUUGAUCUGUCGGUCCCGCUGGGCUGCUGUGAACUGCCGACACGUGACCUAGCCGGGACCACCACACAGACGGAGUGCGACACUCUCACAGGAGGCACAGGAAGCUGGCGCGCCACCCCGUGCGGCUCCCGGCUGGCUGGAGAGAGCGCCACGGCCGCGCACAUCAUGAGACCCUGCUGCUAUGGUAUGGUGGGGAAAUGUAAGCUGACAACCUUGCAGCACUGCACGUUUUUGAACGGCGUGUUCAGUACGUCAGGAGAGGAGCACUGUAGCAAGGUAAACUGUCUGGCUCAGACCUGCGGUCCCGGUGACUUAUCGUCGGACUCAGCACAGCCGUACCAACCCCGCCCAUCUGCUCUGACCAGUCAGUGGUGGCGCUGGCUGCUGUCGCCAUGGUUACACGCCGGGCUGAUCCACCUGCUUCUGGUGGUGGCUGUGCAGUGCAUUGUGGGAGUGCGUAUUGAACGCAUGGUGGGCGGAGUGCGGCUGGCUAUCAUCUACCUCAUCUGUGGAGCCGGCGGGAAUUUGACAGGUGCCGUGUUCUCCCCCUACACCCCCCAGAUGGGUGGGGCUGCUGCGGCCUGCGGGCUCCUGGGGUGCGCAUGCGUGGAACUCCUGCAGGCCUGGAGACUCGUUCCCAGGGCGCUCUGCAAGCUGCUCACCCUGCUAACAGUUUUAACUGUCCUCUUCAUGGCGGGAACUCUCCCUCUGGUGGACAACUGGGCUCAGCUCGGAGGGUUUGCUUUCGGACUACUGUCAGCACUGGUCUUUCUCCCCUACAUCGUCCUGGGGAGGUGGGACGCGCGCAGGAAGAGGUGUCUGGUGGUGUUUGGUUUUGUCAUGCUCGUCCUGAUGUAUGCAGUGCUGCUUAUGAUGUUUUAUUACGUCCAAGGAGACUUCUGUCCCGCUUGUAAACACUUCAACUGCAUACCUUACACCACUGAUGCUUGCCACCAGCCGGAGGACAACUAUCCAUGAGAUUACAAGUGAUAAAGAGUGCAAUAAAACGACAUGAAUGAGAUAAACAACACA